AUGGUAGGCGCACCCAUUUCCUUCUCUGGAGUUGUUCAUGCUGUGAAGGAGAAGGUGCAGGAGAAAUUGGACUCUUCUAGCACAACAAAAUAUGCUCCACCAGGAACACCAUAUGCAACACCAAAUUCAUCCAUUUCCACCAUUCCCCCGUAUAAAAACUCACCAACAUUUCCUACAGCUCCUUACCAAGUAGUCACAGCCACACCUUAUUCUGCAGCACCUCCAAACAUGGUGGCGCCACCCCCAAAUUCAUCUCCCUACCCGAGUGCGACACCCUAUUCUGCCGCAUCUCCACCACACAUGAUCACCACCCCAAAUUCAGCUCCUUACCCAGCUUCCACACCCUACUCUUCUGCACCUCCAUACAUGACAACCCCACCAAAUUCAUCUCCUUUCCAAGCUGUCUUAACCUAUUCUGCCACACCUCCCAACGUGCCAAACUCUCCAUAUUCAUCUUCCAUGUCUCCUUACACCACAUACCCUCCUGAUUCAGCCCCAAUACCUCCAAGCACAACCUAUCCUCCUAAUUGCUCAUCUCCUUUCUCCACUUAUCCUCCCAAUUCAGCAGCGCCAUAUCCCAAGCUCCUAACCCUUCCACUCAAUCACCUGAAAAUCUUCUUCAGCUACUCUUCACAUCCAUACCCGCCUCCUCCUCAGGCCACUACUUCACAGCCGUACCCGCCUCCCCCUCAGGCUGUUCCUUCGCAUUCGUACCCGCUUCAGGCUACUCCACAACCAUACCCACCACCCCCUCAAGCCAGUACUCCACCACCCUACCCGAGUUGCAAUCCACCAGGUCCAUCAACUGGAAUCUUCCCACCACCUCCGUCCACAGCCAUGUACCCACCACCUCCAUCCACAGACGUGUACCCACCACCUCCAUCCACAGGAUUCUACCAACAAACACACCCAUUCCCGGGAAUUCACCUACCACCCCCGUACUGA